UGCUCUAUAAAUUACAAUCGUUUUUUUAUCCCUUCUACUUUCCAGGACAAAGAUCUCCUAGUUUUUGUAUAUUCAUCAUCUGUGAGUAACAUUUUUUGUGAUAAAAAUCUCUGGGUUUUCAGUAGUUUCUUUAUGCCUCGGUAUUGUGCUUUGUUGUCUUUUCUGGGUUGAUGAAGUUGAUUCUGAGUUUAUGCUUUCAUCUAUAUGUGAUGCUUGGAUUGUCUUUGGUGUGUUUGUUUGUUGGUUUUGUUCAUAUUGUUUUGAUUUUCCGUUGGUAAGGAAUGAUAUGGUUAUGAAAUUUGGGAAUUUCUUUGAUGCUCAAUUUCUUGGGUGUGAGCUUGCAAAUUUUUCGCUUUGUUUUCUUGAAUGAAGCAAGGGUUAAAGAUCAGGUUAACUGCCUGAGUUUAUUAGUAUAACAAUGUAAACGUGAUACUGUCUCUUAGUUGAUCUUAGCUUGUUGGUUGAACUGCUGUUAUCUAUUUGAAGUAACUGCUGAUCCAAUUAUAUGACGAGGUUAAGCUGGGGUUUUAGCUACACAAUGCAAAAGGAUGCAGGUUCACAAGUGUCUGCCCAUGUACAUUUCACUACAAGUCGGUUUCCAGAUUAUAUAAUAGGGGCUGACGAUGAGAUUGUAGAAUAUCAAGAGUACUCCAAUUCAUUGCCCAUGAAAGCUACAGUUGCAAGGGAAACUGCCAUGUUACUGGAGCAGCAUAACCGCAUAUCGGUAUGCGACCUUGCAAGGAAUUUGAGAAAGGCAAGACUAAAAGAGGUUGUUUCAUUGGAGAAGCACAUACUUAUAAAGAAACUCAAAGAUGCACUUCAAGCUCUGAGAGGGCGUGUAGCUGGGAAGAACAGAGAUGAUUUGGAGGAUGCUAUGGCUAUGGUUGAAGCUUUAACGAUUCAAUUGACCAAGAGUGAAGAAGAGUUGCUUCACGAGAAUGCUGAAAUGAAAAAAGUCGCUGCUUUCUUGAAACAGGCUUAUGAAGAUGCCAAAAAACAUGUUAAUGAAGAAAGAGCCUGUGCACGGGUUGAAAUUGAGAAUGCAAGGGGAGCUGUACAGAGAGUGGAAGAAGCCUUCCAAGAACAGGAAAGAACUUCUGGCAAACAGGACAUGGAAGAAUUGAUGAGGGAAAUUCAAGAAGCUAGGCGAAUCAAAAUGCUGCAUCAGCCCAGUAAGGAUUCUUUGUCAAGUGGAUUGCGCUCUGAUUGUCGCUAUACAAACUACUAUUUUUCAGAUCUCUACCCAAUUCAAGCAUAAAAUUUUGCAGCCAAACCUUCUCCUUGCUAGCCUUCGGCACUCAAUGUACUCAGCUUCUAUUGUCGACAAAACAAUUACCUUAUGCAGCUUCGAAGUCCAUGAUAUUUUUGUCCCACCAUAAAUGAACACAUAUCCAGAUGUGCUCUUCCUUUUAUGCCAAGUUGGCUUCUACGAAUUCAGCCAAGCAAGACUCUCUUCUCUCGAAGAUCAGUGCCUUAUCUGUAGUGCCUUAUCGAAGAAAAAAGCUGAUCUGCCGAAAAAGUAGGAGGAAGAAGAAGAAAUAGGGUGUGUUAGGGAAAUAGAAAUCGGUUUUGGUAGGGAUAAGAUUGGAGAAGAUGAAGUGGGUGGGAGAGAGGCUACAUUAAAUUAAAUUUUAAAGUAGUAGUAUUACAAAAAUUAAGAAUAAUUCAAAUUAUAACUGAAUUCAAU